AUAAACUCUCUGUUAUGAAUAAUGUAAUAGUUUUGAAACAAACAGAUAAAAAUCCUGUAUCUUUGUGAUAAAUAUACACACAUCUUGGCUUGAGGUCAGUAACAAGUUCAAGAUUUAGAACGCUAGUGCUAAUUGUCUUGGUAUUAGAAAAUGUACUUAAAAUUGUGCAAAACAAAUUUACUCCAAAACGUCCGAAAACAAUUUCGAAAUUAUCACAGCGAUAAUGUCUUCGGUUUUAAGCGAAAAAACAAACCUGUUUAUAAUGCAUCCGACCAAGUAUUAAAAACUCAAUGCGACCAAAGCAAUUUCUUCCGCCUUGUCACCGCUUUUCGUCAACAUGCCCACAAAACCGCCGACGUAAAUCCGGUCACUCUGACUCGCGAAAUAACAAUUUCCCCGGAUUUGGACCCGAAACGCUACUGCCUCGAAACCGACACCCAAGUAAAAUUCACCGGAAUUUUAAACACUACGAAAUCGGAAGGCACCGUCGCCGAAGCUGUGGAUUUCCUUCGUCACGUCUACGGCAAAAACAUUGCUGUCGAAUUCACCCACUUGGAAAAUCCGGAAGAGAUUGAUUGGUUUUGUAACCGGAUCGAACAACUCGUCCCGGAAGAAACCAACACUGAAACCAAACUCCGACUUGGGACUGAAUUACUCCGAUCUCAAAACUUUGAUAAUUUCCUCGCUAAUAAAUUCACGGGAGUGAAGCGAUAUGGGGGCGAAGGGGCUGAAAGUAUGAUGGGGUUUUUUAGCGAGUUUUUUCGACUCGCUGCAGAGGAUAACAUCGAACAAUUGGUGGUGGCUAUGCCUCAUAGGGGACGCUUGAAUCUUCUCACCGGAAUGCUUAAUUUUCCUCCGGUGAAAAUGUUUGCUAAAUUAAAAGGAAAAAGCAACUUUCCGGAUAAGUAUCAAGUGACUGGAGAUGUUUUGAGCCAUUUUGUGUCUUCGACUGACUUGAAAUUUGCUGAUAAUAAAAACCUUCACGUGACUCUAUUAUAUAAUCCUUCGCAUUUGGAAGCUGUUAAUCCUGUUUCAAUGGGGAAAACUAGAGCCAAACAAUUGGAAAAUCGUGAUGGGGAUUAUGGAGAUAGACGAUGGGGUGAUAAAAUAGUUAAUUUACAAGUACAUGGAGAUGCUGCGAUUACCGGUCAAGGGGUUAAUCAAGAAUGUUUGGCUUUAAGUGGAACCCCACAUUAUGAAAUUGGUGGUUCUAUUCAUUUAAUUGUUAAUAAUCAGUUGGGUUUUACGACACCAGCAGAUCGGGGAAGAUCAUCAAGAUAUUGUACUGAUUUAGCUAAAAUGAUUUCAGCACCGAUUAUUCACGUUAAUGGAGAUUUUCCUGAGAUGGUUUUGAAAGCUACAAAACUAGCAUUUGAAUAUCAACGCAAAUUUCGAAAAGAAGUUUUUAUCGAUCUGAAUUGUUAUCGACAGUGGGGACACAAUGAAUUAGAUGAUCCGACUUUUACAAAUCCGUCACUUUAUGGAAUUAUCCGGUCUCGAGGAACAGUCCCUGAUCAAUAUACGAAAAAAUUAAUCGAAGAAGGAGUUUUAAAUGAGGAAGAAAAAAACACAAUAAUAAAAGAGCACACGAAAUGGCUCAAUGAACAUUUAAAAGCAGUCGAAACCUAUAAACCAGACGAUGUUUAUUUUAAAAAUCAAUGGGAGGGUUUUUCACAAGCUGAAGAAACUAUAACGAGAUGGGACACCGGAAUUCAUCUUGAUCUUCUCACAUAUAUCGGAAGCAAAUCAGUUCAAUUUCCGGAACAUUUCAACGUCCAUCCGACUCUUCUUAAAACCCAUGUGAAAAAUCGUCUUGCUCGAGUAGCCGAAGGUGUGAAUAUCGACUGGUCAACGGCAGAAACCCUCGCUCUCGGUUCAUUAUUAUACGAGGGAUAUAAUGUACGGAUUAGCGGUCAGGAUGUGGGAAGAGGUACUUUUUCGCACCGGCAUGUUAUGCUAGUUGACCAACAAACAAAUCACAUUUAUAUUCCCUUGAACAACUUGCACGAGAACCAAAACAGUUUUCUCGAAAUUGCGAAUAGUAUUUUAUCCGAAGAAGCUGUUCUAGGCUACGAGUACGGCAUGAGUAUAGAAAGUCCUAAAAAUUUAAUAAUCUGGGAAGCCCAGUUUGGUGAUUUUUUCAACGGGGCUCAAAUUAUCCUCGAUACGUUUGUGUCAAAUGGAGAAGUGAAAUGGUUGUGGAGUAGUGGAUUGGUUGUGCUUUUACCCCAUGGGUAUGAUGGAGCCGGUCCUGAACACAGCUCAGCAAGAAUUGAGAGAUUUUUACAAAUGACUGAUUCAAAAGAAGACAAAGUUGACGGUGAUAACGUUAAUAUGCAAGUUUGUCAUCCAAGUACCCCAGCACAAUAUUUCCAUUUACUACGAAGACAAAUGGUGCGUAAUUUCAGAAAACCUUUGAUUGUUAUAGGCCCUAAAACACUUCUAAGACUGCCUGAAGCUACCUCGAAUUUCGCCGACAUGGCCCCCCAAACUACAUUCCAACCAGUCAUAACCGAUAACACUCAUGACCCGAAACAAAUUCAAGUUAUUUUGUUUACCUCAGGCAAACACUUUUAUAAUCUGGUAUCUAAAAGACAGUCAUUAGGUGUUAAAAAUGUGGCAAUCGUUCGACUGGAAUCGUAUUGUCCAUUUCCAACUCUCGAAUUACAACAGGAAGUGGCGAAAUUUUCCAAUGCUAAAAUUUUCGUGUGGUGUCAAGAAGAGCCGCAAAAUAUGGGAGCUUGGAGUUUUGUGAAACCACGAUUUGAGAAUUUAGUUGGCAGAAAAAUUCAAUUCUGUGGUAGACCGACUCAAGCUGCUCCUGCUGUUGGUAUUGGUGAAUUGCACGACCUGCAAGUAUCGGAAAUCCUUAGUAAACCUUUUUCGUUUGAAAUUUAAGUAUCAUUUCAAUUAAUUAGCCAUAUAUUUUUUUUUUAUAUAAUGUACACAGUACAAUACAGUGCUAGCUAUCUACGAAAAGACCUUGUCAGUUGUUCUAUAAGCCUGACACUUAAGUAAUACUUAUCUAACUUAAAUUUAGAAUUAGUAUAAUUAUAGAAAAGGACAGUAUUUUACAAACAUGAUAUACACAGACAUCAGUCAUAUCAAAACAUAAAUAUAAGUAAGGUUGUA